AUGUGUCACAUCCUGUUCUUUGUUUUUUUGGCUUUAAUAUACCAAAUCGAAGCUUUCAAUAUCUCGCCGCAUCCGAGCCUAGUGAUAAACUUUCCAUCCCAUGUAAAUACCUCCCAGAGGCGAAGCUCAUAUUUUGGAUAUUCGCUCGUAAUCCGCCCUACCAGCAUCUUUGUGGGAGCUCCCCGAGCUAUAUCCACCUUGGGUUCGCAGGAGAAAAUCGACGAACCUGGGGCGAUCUACAGAUGCAACCUGACAAGCGGUUCCUGCAGUCCGUAUGUCCUGGAUCCCCGAGGAGAUGUUGAUAACUAUGUCUCAGAGUGCCCCACCAACAACUUUGAGAACAAGGGCUUCCAGUGGCUGGGAGGAUCCAUGGACGGCGGAACCAGGGACACGGAUAAGUUGCUCGUGUGCGCUCCCCGUUUCUACGCCCGCAGCGCUAGCGAAUACCAUAUGAUUGGAGCUUGCUACUGGGUACAGAACACACUAAAUAACACUCCCGACCACGUCACUCGUAUCUCCCCACUCCGCUUGAAAUCGAAGCAGGUGAUCAGUUAUAAUAAGGACAGGGGAAUAAAGGGCAGAUUCAUAUACCUUAAUGGCGAAAUGGGACUGAGUGCCCAUGUGACGGACGAUAACUCAAGAUUUCUAAUCGGUGCCCCAGGCAUUGAUAAUUGGAAAGGAUCGCUGAUCCUGGACUUUCCAGAGGACAAUUUGUCAGAAAAUCACCUUACAGAAUAUGAUGACUAUACAAACACUUGUCAUUUGGAACACAAUAAAACAAGAAUCCCCGAGCCACAAAAUUGGAACCAGGAGGAAGACUCAUACUUUGGCUAUGCCGUGAGCUCCGGCUACUUUGACAGCUCCAACCCGAAAACCCUGCUCUACGUGGCCACCGCUCCCCAGGCCAACAAGCAGUCCGGCGAGGCCUACAUCUUUGAUUUGAAUGAUAGUGGAGCGACCAUCCGAAAUCAUACCAUCUUCCGUGGUGAGAAAUUUGGCGAAUAUUUUGGAUACUCCGUUUUGGCGGAGGAUCUUAAUGGCGACGGAAAAACGGACGUCAUCAUAUCAGCGCCCCAGCACGCUCUGGAGGAUUCCUACGACAGCGGGGCCAUCUAUGUGUUUAUCAACAAGGGCUCUUAUUAUUUUGAACAAACAAUUAUUCAUUCGCCAGUGGGCAAGAAGGGGCGUUUUGGAACUACUCUAUCGCAAAUAGGCGAUAUCAAUCAAGAUGGUUACAACGACGUGGCCGUGGGAGCUCCCUUUGCCGGAAACGGAUCGGUGCUAAUCUACCUGGGCAGUAAGGAUGGGCUGCGGGAUCAGCCGAGCCAGCGACUGGAUGCUCCUUCCCAGCAAGCUUCCAUUUACGGAGCUCACAUGUUUGGUCACGGUUUAUCCCGCGGAUCGGAUAUAGAUGGCAACGGGUUCAACGAUUUCGUCGUCGGAGCCCCCAACGCGGAGGUCUCUUAUCUGUAUAAGACCUAUCCCGUCGUAAAAGUAAUUGCCACAAUUAAGUCGGAAUCGCGUGAGAUCAUACUGGGAAAGGAAAAGUUGACCAUCACCGCCUGUUACAGACUGGAUACUAAGGCAAAGAAAAUGCAGGAGCAGAAGCUAAGCAUCCGGAUUUUAAUAGACACUCAGCUGGGGAGGGUGAAAUUCGCGGAAAGCCAGAACGACAAGAUGAUAUUCCAAGCGAUUGCGGGUCUUAAAGACAGUUGCCGAGACUUUGAGAUUCAGGUGCGCUUCAGCAACAUAUUUACGCCCAUCGUUAUGGAGAUGCACUACGAACUGACGAAGAAGGUUUCCGACUCGAAGGAGUUUUGCGAAACGUGUGCGGUUGUUGAUCCACAGGAACCGACGGUCUCCACGCAGAAGAUUAUCUUCAGCACGGGCUGUGCCACCGAUGUUUGUAUUGCAGAUCUGCAGUUGAGGAGCAAGAAUGUUAGCCCCACGUACAUUUUGGGCAGUACCGAUACGCUGAGCAUCAAAUACGAGAUCACCAACAACGGCGAGAACGCAUACCUUCCACAAUUCAACGUGACGAGCACAUCCCGCCUGGCCUUCGCCCAGGUUCCUGGCAACUGCAGGGUCACCGAGGCAGUCAUGGUGUGCGACCUGAACCGCGGACGACCUUUGGCCAAGGGUGACAGCGAUUCCGUCACCGUCAGCUUCGAUGUGAGCCAACUCAGCGGACAGUCGCUGAUCAUCUAUGCAGAAGUGUUCAGCACGGGGUACGAGAAGAAUCCCACGGACAACAGGCAGACGAACGUGAUCGGUCUGAAGGAGAUCACCGAAAUCGAUGCCAGCGGCGGGCAGACAAAUAAGCAAAUUGUUCUUAAAGGGGACGCUUACCCCUCGGAAAUCAUCAACCAAUACGAGAUCAAAAGCCGCGGCCCCAGCACCAUCGAAGAGUUAUCUGUGUCCCUUUAUAUUCCCGUAGCCUAUAAGACGGCUGAAUCUAUAAAAGUAAAGCCCAUCAUUGACAUAGCCAGUCUGAAGAUGCAGGCCACGUACGAUUCCCAGACGCCCCCCAUAGUACUCUAUGAUCAGAACAAUACCAUCUUACUCGAUACCCGAAUGCGUAGGGAAGCGGAACGCCUGAACGGCAACCAAGAGACCAGUGCCAGCAUAUACGAUGUCCAGAGGAACGAGGAGGAGAGUCUGCCGAUGAGUAACACCAUUGUGUUUAACUGCCAGGAUACCCACACGACGAUAUGCGUAAGGGCCGAAAUGCGCCUCAAAUUUUGGCCACACAAACCAAUUAACCUCAGCAUAAGCUUCAACCUGGAUCUGAACGAGAUGGAGGAUGACUGGGAGUACUUAGUCAUAAAGACCGAUCUGAGACUGCUGAAGAAGGGCGAUCCCAUAUCCAGUUCGCUCAAGAUUAACAAGAAGAUCAAAUCGAAUGUGAUAUCCAAGCAAGCUGAAUUAUCCAUUUGGAAAAUCAUUUUGUCCGUGAUCGGGGGCGUUUUGCUGCUCUCUGCAAUAACAUAUACUCUUCACAAGUUCGGAUUCUUCAAGCGCGACAAGAAGGAAGAACUAAAGAAACUAGUUCAACAGAGUGUUGAGGCGCUUGCGGCGCCUGAAGCAAAGGAAUUAAUGGAGGAUAACAUGGACCAGUUUAUAGAAGAAAUUCCUAUAGUGCACUUUAGGCCGGAGAAGUCCAUCAACCUGAACAUCCGCUACAGCGUGGAUCUGAACGAGGUGAACGACAUAUUGAUGGAUCCCUGGGAGUUCUUUGUCAUCCUGACCGACCUGAAGGUGACCAAGAAGGGGGAUCCGACGUCCAGUUUGUUUUCGAUAAAUGAAAGGAUUGCACCGAACAUAGUAUCCAAGCAUCUGGAGGCCCAUACGCCCAUCUGGAUCAUAAUUGUGUCCGUACUCGGUGGCCUGCUGCUGCUCUCCGCGAUAAGCUAUAUUCUAUACAAGCUUGAAUUCUUCAACCGCACCAAGAAGGACGAGUUGGACAGGUUGGUGCAGCAGAAUCCCGUCGAGCCGGAGGCGGAGAACCUCAACAGUGGCGGCAACAACUAA